GUCAUGACAACUGAUAAACAGUAACUGCAGGUAGGAAACUCAUGUACACAGAAGAACCACCGAUUUAUACUUAUGAAGUGAAACAAUAAGGACAAGUUAAGAUGCCAGCCAGUAAGGUUCAGGCACCCCCAGGGACGUUGCAGAAUUUGUCUUUUAAAAUGCCAGACGGGGUUAAAAGCAAAGUGGUAGCACCCCGUAACCCUAAGCUAGUUAAAGGGGAGGAUAAGCACAUAAGGUUAACUCCGUCUGUGUUUAUACAAGAAAUGGCCCUCACUACAGAGCAGAAGCUGGCGAGCAUACGUGAGAUGCACCCACCUCGAAUUAUAGAGCUCCUAGAUAUGAGUGAAACGACUCAUCAGAAGUUUACAACAGUGGACAUCGACCAGGCAAUGUUCCAGCCAUUCCCUUCAGAGAUUGUGUUUCAGAACUACACUCCCUGUGAGACGUAUGAGGUGCCGCUGGUCCUCAGGAACAACGACAAGAUUCCACGACUGGUGAAAGUUAUUCAAGAGACUAGCCCAUACUUUCAAAUCAUCAGUCCCCUUGAUGUGUGCAGCAAAGUGGCUCCUGGCAUGGCAUCUACAUUCAACAUUCUCUUUACUCCAGAAGAGAACAAGGACUAUUUGCACAAGCUGGUUUGUGUCACUGAAAGGGAGAAGUUUGCAGUGGCAAUAAGAGCAAUUGGGGCGCGAGCGCUCCUGGAUUUCCCUGACCACCUGAACUUCUCCACCUGUCCAGUGAAGUGCUUGUCUCAGAGAACACUGCUUGUGCGCAACAUCGGGAACAGUGAGGCCAGAUUCACGCUGAGCACUCAGAGUCCUUUUUGUGUUGAACCCUCCCUGGGGACUCUUGGAGUUGGGGAGACCAUGCAGGUGACUGUGGACUUUCUCCCGAAGCAGACUGGGGAUCACUCUGAAGACCUGGUUUUACACUAUGAUACAGGGGAAGACAUUUUUAUCAGCUUAUAUGGAGCGGCAACAGACAUAAAUGUCCGACUCGACAAAAACUCAGUCAUUAUUGAAAAAACCUUUUUGUCCAUGGCCAAUCAGAGAUUGAUUACCAUUAGUAACAGAAGUGAUGUCAUAGUCCACUUCCAAUGGAAAGCCUUUGCUACACAAGAAGAAGAGGAUCAACAAAAACUCAGGUUCUCCUCUGAACUGCAAAAGGAGGAAGACGAUGACAUGGACUUCUUCCUAGCAGAGUGCAGUGCUGACCCUACACUCCGUGAGCGAAUCUCUGUCCUGUCGCGCACCUUCCAGAACCGGCAGAGACUGCUGCAGGAUGACCAGAUGAUCUUUUCUGAUGACAUCUUUCACAUCGAUCUGCUGGAAGGUGACAUCUGGCCUAAUUCAACAGCUGAAGUGAAUAUUGUAUUUAAACCAAAAGAGGCCAAGGUUUAUCAGCAAACUAUCUACUGCGACAUUACAGGUCGUGAAACUCGUCUGCCCCUCCGGGUAAAAGGGGAGGGCAUUGGAGCCAAACUGCUGUUUAAUUUCGACCAGCUGCACAUGGGGAACAUCUUUGUUGGAUCGAAACACAGCUACGAGGCCAUCCUGUCCAACAAAGGGGACAUUGAUGCCAUCUUCAGCUUGGUGCCCCCCUCUUCUGCCCUGGGCUCCUGCUUCUCCUUCAUCCCCAGUGAGGGCAUGGUGCUGCCUGGGGGCUACCAGGCCAUCGAGGUCUCGUUCUCCUCCAGCAUUGUUGGGGACUUCCAGGAGGAAUUUCUCUUCUCCAUAGACGGCAAUCCUCAAAACAUCAGUGUUACGUUCAGGGGUUGCGUCAUUGGACCCACUUUCCAUUUCAACGUGCCUGUACUUAACUUUGGAGAUGUGUCCUUCGGUUUUCCACACACAUUGACAUGCUGCCUUCAUAACACGUCUCUGGUACCCAUGACCUUCUAUCUGCGUGUCCCUGCAGACGGUAGUGGAGACACUUGUGUGACGAGUUCAGCCCAGGUCUCAGACACCAAUCGAACCAUGUGGAGGGGCAGCGACCAAGCUGUGAGUCCCAGGGAGUUCACUGUGACUCCUAGCACUGGGACCAUACGAUCACAGGGACUCAUGGAUGUUCAGGUGACUCUGUGCUCCAACAGAGUUCAGAGGUAUGAGUUGGCCUUGGUGGUGGAUGUGGAGGGCAUAGGGGAAGAGGUUCUGGCUCUCCCUAUUGUUGCAAGGUGUGUUGUUCCUUUGUUGCGUGUGGAGACUCCAGUUUUGGAGUUUCGAAGAUGCUUCCUCAAUUAUUCUUAUCACCAAACAAUUCAGCUGGUCAACGACGAUGACCUGCCUGCAUGCUAUGGUUUGCUCCCACAGGUCUAUGAGGACAACUCUGCCUUGCUGUACUCCAGUCCCCAGCCCAGAGGUAUCAUUGAGCCGCACUCCACACUGGAGAUCCCCCUGGUGCUGCAGGCUGCUCUUGUUGGAAGGCUGGACGCGGUGGCAGAGGUUGCCGUCUUUGGCAGUGAAGACCCACCGCUCGAGGUGCUCCUGUCCUGCAUGGGAGAAGGACCUGUAGUUCAUGUCAGUUGCAUAGAUGUGGAUUUUGGCAACAUCCCAGUACUGACAGACGUAUCCAGGACACUGCAGCUGUCUAACCAGUGCCCAAUCCCAGCCCACUUCCUGGCACAAAUGGUCCGCAGCAACUCGCACUGGCGAUUGGAGCCCAGUGAGGGGGUGGUCCCUCCAGACGGGGAGACGGAGAUCAGACUUGUGGCGAACUUAGACGACACGUUGCGCUUCCAGAACAAGAUACACCUGGUGAUUGAGAACAGUCAAACACACACCAUUCCAGUCAUGGCCACUGGAACUGGCACAACCAUUGUAACGGAUAGACACUUCGCUCCUGAACUCAGUCUGGGGGCUCGUUUCAGCUCAGGGUCCUGCCAGUACCACUUCAAGCUAACCAACAUGGGGAGGCGCUGCCACCAGCUGUACUGGAUGACGGAGGGGUUCCCCCAGUUCCGCAGGCGUGGGCAGAUACCCCUGGGCAGAACACAGGGCAGCAAACUGAAGAACACCGUGCCAGAGCCACCCAGCCCAGUCUUCAAGCUGCACCCUUUGAGAACAGAGCUGCACCCGGGGCAGUCUGUCGACAUGGUGCUAGAGGGAUCGUCUGACACCCCUAAGGUAGUAAAGGAAACGCUGAUAUGCCAGGCCAUCAUUGGGAAACAGUCUGGGAAGGAGCGGAUCAUGAAAGUGGAUGUCACAUGUGAGUUCAUCGCACCUGUCCUGGACAUUUCAAACAAACAGCUGAGCUUCUGUGUGGAAAAGGGGCCCACUAAUGUGCUGGUUCCUCAGUACAAGUCUGUCCUGCUGAAAAACGUCUCCUCGCUGCCACUCAACAUGCAGCUGACCUUAGAGGAACCCUUCUCUAUCUGUGACAAGCAAGGAGACCUCAGCCUUUCCACGUCAAAGACACUUAUGCUGAGUGUGGGUGAGGAGGUGGAGCUGUGGGUCCAGUUUGAGCCCUCUUACCGGAAGGACUGCUACUCGCGGGUGGUGGAGGAGUGUUUGGUAUUCCAGUACCUCGAGCACCCACAGAAAGACUACAUAUCCCUGCACGGGGAGGUCCACUUCCCCAACCUGCACUUCUCCAGCAUGGAGGUCGACUUCGGCUGCAUCCUCAACGACACUGAGGUCCUGAGGACCGUGGACAUGUCCAACUGCAGCCCCCUUCCUGUCAAAUAUCGCUGGUCCUUCCUGGUAGACGACUGGGAGAACAAGAUCAGGUGUCAGAAACAAGGCAUGUUUGCCCAAACCGAGGAAAAGACAGAGGAGCAGGGGGAAGAGAAAAUGAGGGGUGGUGAUGAUGCCAUAACAGAUUCAAACAGAGAGAUCGAGGUUCCCAAACUGACCUUUGCCUAUGCAGAAGAGGAGGCAGAUGCGGUAGAGAAGACUGAUGAAGAGAACGAGAGAAGAGAGGGCGCGGGUUCCCCUAAAGACCUCUUGCCUUGUCUUAGCGCCCACAGCCUGAUGAGAGAGCCUGUAGGUUCAAGGGGAGCAGACAGACUGUCUCUAUCUUACAGCCAGGAUUUCACAAGCAUGCCACUAUACGAGCAUCAGGAGGAACAUCACACCACUGGUGUGGAAGAGGUGUUUGAUAUUUUGCCGCUCUACGGGAUCCUGCAGCCCAACGAGACCCAGCAGGUCGAUUUCACGUUCUACGGCCACGCAGAUAUCAGCGGCCAGGUGCUGGCUCUGUGCGAGGUGGAGGGGGGGCCCACCUAUGAAAUCACACUGAAGGGAGAAGCAUCGCUGGUCAGAUACGCCUUCGACAGGAAGGAGAUAGACUAUGGGCAGCUGCUGUUUGACCACGUGGCAGAAGCUGAGAUCACACUGAAGAACACAGGGAAGGUUGGUUUUGAGUUCAGCACACUCAGUGUCCAGCUGGACUCCUCUCCCAACAAUCCUCAACCUGGACUCCCACUGGUCAUCCCCUCUUCGGGCUUUAUUGAGGCUAAUUCAGAACAAACGCUGUCCGUGUUUUAUCUUCCUGGGGUUCCAGAGCAUUUCCACAAGUACUUUGAGAUACAGGUGUCCUACUUUGAACCAGAUAGCAUCUCUGUGAGGGGAGAGGGCAUUUUCCCCAGGAUCUACCUGGAUCUGCCCAGAAAUAUUACAAGUAACAAGUGGUACAGCGCAAUGCUAAAAGAGGCAAGGGGAUCUCUGGAGAGAGAGACAUGGAAGGAGGAGACGUACAGCCGGCCAGGGACAAUGACAGGGGACCAGUCUGCAGAGGACUACAUCCCAUCUUAUGACUCCCUGCUCCAGAUGGAAGUGGAGCGUUUGCUGAUGAAGGAACAUGCCCUGGAACAGGAGGGCCUCAUCUCUUCCUGCAGCGAAGACUCCAACCCCAUCCAGCGAUGGCGCAAGAAGCUGUCCAGAUGCUGCUUAGCCGAGUACACCCUGGACUUUGGCUAUGUGAUUCAUGGCAAUGUGUGCACUCACAUCGUUAAGGUGACCAACACAGGGCCUCUCCCUGUUUCCUUCCAUGCAGACAGACGCAACCUCGCUAUCAACGGUUUCAGCACAGAACUAGACAGGGUGAAGAACCUUCCCUACUGUGAGACAGAAACGUUUGAAGUGAGGUUCGAUCCCCGAGGGGCCAAUCUCAACCUGGGAGAGAUCGAUGCACUGAUGCCAAUACAGGUUUUGGGAGGGCCGACGAUCCAUGUCCGGUUGCUUGCUGUCGUGACCAUGCCGUCCCUCACUGUCUCCACUGAUAAACUGGAGUUUGGCACAGUACAAUGUGGGCAGUGCCAAGUGAUGACAGUACAGCUUUACAACCACCUGCAGGUCACCUGUGAAUGGGCAGUCAAAGAGGGGGAAAAGACCAAGAAAAAGAUUGACAAGUACAUACCCCUCCACCUGCGACGCAAGGCAAGACAGGAGUUGAAGGCUGAACCUCUAGUGUUUGAAAUGCUGCCCGCUUCUGGAGUGCUGCUGCCAGGAGAGCGAAUCAACGUCCAGGUCAAAUUCAGUCCUGCAGAAGAGAAACUAUACAGUCAGCGCCUUGCUCUGUGCAUUUCCCAGAGCAGCCACCGGGUGAUGCUGUUGGCCCAGGGCAAGGGUCUAGAGCUGCGGCUUGAUUUCAGCCCCACUGUGCUGGAGUUCGGGCCGAUCCUGCCCCAGAACAAUGGUGACGAUGUGGAUGUGCUGGUGAAGAAUCCGUGCGCUUUCCCCAUUGAAUUCUACGCCCUGGAGUAUGACAAGCAGUACCUGGAGGAGGAAAAGAUUCUGCGGAAGAUUAAGGGGUACGAUUGUCACAACAACAUUCUCUUACCCCCCCGGGCCCCAGGGGAGAAGCUGCCCUCUGAAAUCCUGGAGUACUUUGAGGAGCUAAGGAGAGUGAGAGAGGAGCAGCCCAAGCAGGAAGGAGGCUCAAAAAAGGAGGAAGAAGACAGAAGUGUGCCUGAGCAAGGGGAGAGGCGAGACCUAACUGGUGCCCCCAGUCUGGAGGAGAGUGACACCCAGCGGCCAACAGACACCCAGAGUGAGGAGGCAGACGUGGAGAUGAGGGUGGAAAGAGCUUCAGACACAAAGGCAGCGGUUACUGAAAGCAGCAGCAGUAUUGGAGUGGGAGAUUUGGAUACGACCCCGGUCUCAAAGGUCAUAGCCAAGCACAUGGGCAUUGACCUCUCCCCAGAGGGCCUCGCUGCCAGGAACAGGAGAGGCAUUGCCAUCAUAGUGCACGGUGCCCCUCUGUCAGGGAAAACCAGUACGGCAGUGACCCUGGCGAAGCACUAUGGCACUCCCUGUUUGAACAUUGACAGCAUGGUACUGGAAGCUGUCUCAAAUGGGAACAGCCCCGUCGGUCUGCGGGCUCGAGAGCUGUGUGCCAGGGCUGCUGUGGAGCAAGCACAGAGGAAAGCAGAGGAUGCUGCUGCAGAGGCAGCAGCAGCAGCAGCAGGGGCUCAGGCUCCUGGCUUCCUCAGCGUCGAGGCAGUUACCAAACACACAGCAGAGGGCAGCCAGACCAGCGAGGGCAAACAGGGGCCUCACUCCUCUAUCUCCACCCGCAACAAAGCCAGCACCGUGGGGGGCAAAGGAAAAACAGAGAGCUCCCACACCCACAAACAGCAAACCUCCGAGCACAUCGCUGUCUCACAGAGCCUCAGUGUCCCUGUCCCUGCAGGGCUGCCUCAGCGCAGGCUGAGUGUCAGUGCCAGUGUGGCAGGAGAGUUGGGGCUCCUGAGCUGCACCCUGCCUGAAGAGCUGCUGGUGGAUAUUCUGACCGAGAGGCUGCAGCUUAAUGACUGUCACCGGGGAGUGGUGUUUGACAGCCUGGAGACCCUUUACUCCCGCUCAAUGACAAGCACUCUCCAUGCCAUCCUGAAAGCUCUCAACAACCGCCGGUACAUCUACCUGAUCAACCUCAAGCACGACUACGCAGCCUUCAAAGCCAGGGAAAAAGCCCAGACAGAGGAGGAAGAGCGAUUGCUGAAGGAGAGUAUUGAGAGGGAAAAGGUGCAUAUGGAGGAGAUGGAUGAGGAGGAGUAUGAUGCGCUUUCAGAUGAAGAGAGAGCCAGGAUCGACCGCAGGCGUUUGGAUGAGAUACGAGAACGCAAGCGCAGGGAGCAACUCAAGCUGGAGCGUGAGAUGGAGGAGAGGAGGCAGCAAGAGGAGCUGGAGAGGCUGCGAGAGGAGGAGGAGAUGAAGAAGAAGAACAAGAAAGGAAAAUUGAAGGAGCUGAGCAAAGAGGAUCAGCUGCUAGGGAAGAAGAGCCAGCAGGGUGUUAAACAGGCGACAAACAAUUCCGGGGGGCGCUCAGACACAAAGAUGGAACAGCUUAUCGGAGAAAGAAAAAUGUCCUACCAGGAAAAGCCUGAAUCCCUUCCCACCGAACACAGUGAUGUAGAGGACGGGAACAAGAAGAAAAAGAUCAAAGAGGGGAAGGAUGGGAAAGCUGCACCUCCUGAGGUGAACCCUUCCUCUACCGAGGAGGCUGAGAAGGAGCCAAUGAGUGAGGGUGAGAAGCUGCUCGUGCAAAGGUUCAAACUGUACAAUCACAGCCAGAAAGCUAUCUCCCAGACUCUGGACUACUGGGACCGGGUGCAGGGGAUCCUAAUACACCCAUUCGCCCCUGAUGAGACCCCACAGGAGGGGGAGGAGCCCAUCCCUGAGAGGCCAGUUCCAGAACGACCAGGCCCAGAGCGAACAGUCCCCUCGGGCAAGAAGGGAAGGAAGGAGCGGGAGAAGGAGAGGGCAGAGAAAGAACGGCUAGAAAAAGAGAAGAUAGACAGGCUGAAAGUGGAGGGAGAGUUCAAGGCCUGCCUCUCCCCAGCUCCCAGCCCGCAGACGACAGACGGAGACGGGGUGGAAGCAGAGGAGCAGCUGGAGGCCAGGGGGGAAGUGGGGGUACCCCACAUCCUAUUGAACGUCAUUGGCCAGGACGACCCCAGCGCCCAGAAGGUCCUUGAGAGCAAGAAGCUGCCUCCACUUGAUGAGGUUUUAGACGGCCUUGGGCAGGGUCCCAAAGGCCCUCCAAUACCACCUUCAAUAAUCUUCUCAGUGGUGCCUUACCCUGGGAAGAGGACCCCCCCGAAUGGCCAGGAUAACCUGAGCCAUUUCGAAUUCUUGGUACCGUUGUCAGAGGAUGUUGCAGAGGACAAGAAAGAGGCAGAGCUUGAAAUGGACUCAAUGGGCUCUAUCAGCAUCCUCAAGGAGGAUGCGGUAACUUCUACCAGAGGCCGUUUGAAGAAAGAGAAGGUUGACCCCCAGAAGCUCCGUACAACCACCAGGAAGGGCCAACGAGGGGGUGACACCCACUCCCCGUCACUCUGCGCUCUGACCCCCGUAUCUGACGCUGACCAGAGCAGUAUCACCGGAGAAACCCUCCAUGACAAGAGCCAGAGACUGACCACCUUUCGCUGGCUCGUCCCACCGAACGGAGAGGUCACUCUGAGAAUUCACUUCAACUCCACUUUGGUGGGCACGUUUGACCAGACCCUGAACUUUGAGCUGACAGGGACCAAGAGACGCUAUUCACUUUACUGCAGAGGAGUGUGUGCCUUCCCAUCAAUCAACAAGGACCCCAGGGUAGUGUUCGCUCACCGUCAGAAGAUGAGCCUGCCAGACAAGAUUAUCCACAAGAAAUUCAUCAUGAAGACAGAUGUGUUUGAAUUUGGCCCACUGCUCUGUGGAAAAACAAGAGACAGGUACAAGGAAGGGAAAUACCCAGAAAACAUGGAGAAGCUCACAAUCCACAACAACUCCCCCUUCGAUACAGAGAUUUUCUUCUGCUUCCAAAAUGACAUGAAAGCCACCACUUUUCUGUUGGACCCGCCCACUAUAUCCCUCAAACCCAAUGAAAAACAGGAACUGUCUGUCUGGGCUUACCCUACCACCCCGGGUGUGUUUGAGGACACUGUGGUUUGCUGCAUCAAGGAAAACCCAGAACCAGUGCUGUUCAAGGUCUCCUGCCAAGGAGUGAGACCUGAACUGGAACUAGACCGGAAAAGUAUUCAUUUCGACAGAAUCCUCUUGCACAGAAAGGAUACAAAGACGAUCCACCUAAGAAACAGCAACCGGCUGCCUGUGGCCUGGAAGCUUAGUGGGUUAGAAAUGUUGGGGGAUGAAUUCUUGGUGACCCAGGACCAGGGGAUAAUCGAACCCAAAUCUGAAUUCCCUCUACAGAUGCACUUCAAGGCAGUGAAACCUAUCAACUUGAAAAAGGCCGUCAGGCUCGAGGUGUCAGAUGUGGAAAAUAUUCUUGGUAUCGUUCAUACAGAAAACAUCCAGAUCCAUGCUGAGGCCUAUGAUGUGGCGCUGGACCUGAGCUUCCCCAAAGGUACUGAUGGUGGCCUUGACUUUGGGGUUAUCAAAGUAGCAGAAGAAGCAAAGCUGACUCUCUCUCUGAAGAAUAAAGGCAAAUAUGAGAUUGCAUACAGUUUUACUCUGGAGGCCACAGAGCCUGACAUGCCUGACCUGCACUCUCUGUUCACCAUCCAACCCCACAAGGGGACUCUGAAUCCCAGUGAGCGCCCCAUGCAGGUCCAGAUCCUCUUCCGCUCUCGCAAGGAGGUGGUCAUCAAAGACCAGGCCAUCUUGCGCUGCAAGGUGAUUGAGCCCAAUGUGUCUGAAGGGGGAGAGACCAUUGCCUGCAUUCCAGUGAAGGUCUCCAUUCGUUCUCUGUUCAGCAAGUACAGCUUCGUACCGGGUAACGAUCUCAACUUCGGGGCCAUCGUGUAUGGCAUCCAUAAAAUCCGCACCUUCACCAUUGAAAACAAGGGGGAAUUCGAAAUAAGAUACACCAUCUUCAAAAUGAUGAAGGAGCUGCCCGUGCUUACACAGAAGAAAUGUGGCCCUGCCAAGCGCAACCGUUCUUGCGAGGAUAUGGGCAUCACUCCUCAGGCCCGGUUCACUGUGGGGGCAUUCACUGUGUCCCCAGGGUUCGGAACCCUGUCCCCUGGGGGCCACCAGGUCAUAUCAGUGGAUUGUGCGGCAGACCAGGCUGGGAAGUGCGAGGAGAUUGUGGCCAUUGACAUCUCUGACCGAGACCCUGAGGACCAGCCACGUGGGAUAGCCUACAGGCUUGUGGCUGAGGUCUGCAUACAGAGCAUUGUGACAAAUGACAUAGCCUCCAUCUUUGAGGAGCACAGGAUCUGCAAGAACAUCAACCUUUACCAGUCCUUGCAGACUAUGGACUGCGGUGGGAUCUUUGUGGAGGAUGAAAACAAGUUUCUGUUCAACAAUGUCCUGGUGGGGCGGCAGGUCAAAGCACGGUUUAAAAUCAUCAACACGGGCAAAGUACAUUGCGACCUGUCUGUGACAGUGAAACCUGUAUCUAGCAAGGCUGCUGCUCGUAUCACUGAAGUAUUUGAAGUGGAACCCACGCGAAUGUGUGUCCCGAGUCACUCACAUUCGUUUGCCGUGGUGACAUUCAGCCCGCAAACCAUGCAGAACUACCAGUGCAUAUUUGAAGCUGCCGUUGAAGGAUUCACAAGUUCCGGCUCUCCUACCAAGACAAAGUCGUUGAUGUUCGAUAUAGCAGGGGACGGGAACCUUCCUCGAGUGACUGUACUUCGCCCUUCACUGCGGAACAAGAAAGGAAACCCACUGCUGCUAUUCAGGCGCCUGCUGCUGGGGUGCUCUGAGAAACUGCCUCUCCUACUGAAGAACGACAGCAAUGUCCCUGCCCAGGUUAACAUUGACCUGCUGGAUGAGCAUGGAGCAUUCACUCUGCAAGCAGCUCCAAACACCCAUUGUACCUACAUAUCCCAGUCCAGGAAGGAGGACGACAGCAUCGUGUCAGGGAGAAAUGCGCACACGUCCUCCCUCAACCUGAGCCCUGGGCAAUCUGCAGAGUUUGCGCUUCUGUUCAGCCCUUCGGCAGUUCGGCGCUACAAAGUGACCCUGCGUCUCCUGGUGGUCGACAACAAGUACGAAGAGACCGUCGUCCAGCUGUUAGGGGAGGGAUAUCAGGAUGAAAUCACCCUGGAUAACAUCCACAAAGCCGGACAGACCUGGGACAUCCCAGAGUUAUUGAUAGACCAGGACACAGAGGAAGCAAACCAUUCAGAACACAUUUACUUGGGAUACUGUCACAUCGGGAGAGCCUAUCAGGAGACCUUCACUAUGACCAAUCACAGCAACGCAGACGCAGUGCGGUUCGAGUGGCCUGCAGACAGCUCUCAGCUCAAGUUCUCCCCACAGGUUGGACAUCUCCAUUCUGGCUGCGCAAAGGAUAUCACUAUGACAUUUCGGACUGAGACUCCGGUAACCCUCAGAGCUCAGCUAGUGAAAUGUAAGAUCUCUAAGAUAGCCUUCCAGCAGCCUGUGGACCAGGUGCCAGACUGGGACAACAGGCAGCGAACAGUUAAAUGGAUGGACAUCGGGAGACAAGCAGCAACACACAGGCCUGCCAAGAAAAAGGUGAUCGAGACUGACCCAGAGCCUGCGCACACUGUGCUGGAGAACACAGCUCGAGAGCUGCCACUGCAAGUCAGUGCAGUCGCUGAUUACGCACAGAUCGAAUGCAAAGCUGAAACCAUCCGCUUUAAAGACACCCUCCUCUUCCAGACUAGAGUCUUUGAAUUCCAGAUGUUGAAUAAAGGCAAUGUCCAGCUGGAGUUCUCCUGGCAGGUGUUAAUGGAGAGCUGUGGAAAGGGGGUCAGCUUCUCUGAGAAGCACGCAAACCUACCAGAAGGUCAGGGCAAUGGCACUCAGCCAUUGAGCCGCUCAGGGACCCGGCCAGUGAGUGCUUUGGAAAGUGUCUCACCCCUCCUCACCGGGGACCCCGAUCUGCCUCCCUUCAUUGUGGAGCCCAGCACUGGAGUGAUAGCAGCCAGGAAGAAGCAGGUCUUCCUGAUCAAAUUCUCCCCUCUGGAUGUGGCUGAGUUUGAGGGGCGGCUAGUCUGCAGUAUACCCAACCUGAAGGAUGCCCAGGGCCCCACCAUGUCUGUAAAGGGCCGGAGCCUCCUCCCUUUCUGCCACUUUGACCUUGUGGACUCUGAUUACAUCAGCAGUAACCAGAGAGACCCUGAGCUUAGGGGCCCCCGUGGGGCACCUCCUCGGGCCACACUUGACUCUAACACCAGGGUCAUCGAGUUCUUCUCUGUCGGACUCAGCACAACCAUCACUAGAACCUUCGACAUCAUGAACCCCACCAAUGUAGCCUACUCGUUCCAGUGGAGGUGUGACGAUCCAGCAGAUCUGAGGUUGCAGCCUGUGUUCCGGUGCCUGACAGAGAAGGAUACCAUCAGGGCUGGCAAGAAAGUGGAGAACACCUUUGAGUUUCUGCCGCAACAACUGGACAUCGCAGAGUCUUUCUGGACCUUCCUGAUUCCGGAACAUAACAUUGCUGUGCCUUUCCUGCUGGUGGGCCACGCGAGAGAGCCAUCCGUGUACUUGGACCGAUCCUACCUCAACUACAGAGCUCUCCUUAUUGGUCUAGAUGCCCAUGAGACUGUGUACAUAGUAAACAGUGAAGAAACAGCAUUCAACUUUUCAUCCAGAGAGACCUCCCGACACUCGGAGGGGUUCCAGGAUAGUCUCACCUUGCAGCCAAUGGAAGGAGUAGUGCCUCCUAAGAGCAGGGUCCCGGUGGUAAUCUCCUUCAACCCAACACACGAAGGGAAGGUGAACAUUAACCUGAUGUGUGACGUGAAGGGGAAAACCUUUCCUUUGACCAUGAACGUGAAGGUGGACAGCUACUCCAUGAAUGCCAGUCUUCAAUAUGAGAAGACAGAGGGGGAAUUGAACCAGUUCAGCCUGGACAAGGUCAAUGAGAUCAACUUCCAGCAGGUGGAGCUGAACGAGAAGGCGCAUUGUAAUUUCAUUGUCUCCAACACUGGCAAGUUCAUCCUGGGCUUCCAGUGGGAGCUCUGGGGUCCAAAGGAGCUGCUGCGAUUCCUGAAGGUGGUUCCAGAGACUGGCAGUGUGGUGGUCGGCCAGCAGACUCGAUCCACGCUCUCCUUCUACCCCCUGCAGAGGUGUGUGCUGAAGGAUGUCGGGCUCAAGCUCAAGAUAAAGAACGGCCCUACAUUUAACUGCACGCUGGCUGGUUCAGCUGUACCUCCUGGUGUCCAUUUCUCAUUCACCAAACACAACUUUGGGAUGAAUUUCAUCGCUGGUCUGGUUCCCUGCUCGCAGAAACUCGUCAUUACCAACAAGGGGGAGAAAGAGGCCAGCAUUGAGUGUUUGUUCACCAAUACUGCCUAUCUGGUGGUGGGGCACCUGUCUGAAGUGCUGCCCCCUGGAGGAGUGGUGGAAGUACCGAUAACCUUCUACCCCAAAGAGGCCAUCAAGUACAAGGAGACGGUCACCUUUGAGAUCAAUGGCUUCACCCAGCAGAGCGUGGAGAUCCUGGGUCAGGGCAUUGAGAUGAAGGUUGAACUUGGAGACCCGAAACAGAAGAUGGUGAAUCUUGGGGCUCUGCGAGUCGGGCAGACAGUAAAGAGAUUGAUUCCUCUGGUCAACAACAGCCAUGUCCCCUUGACCUUUAACCUGGUUGUGAAUCCUAACCAACAGGCACUGAUGGACCCUAAGGUGUUCAGCGUCAGUCCCCAGGGAGAGGUGACUCUUAAGGCCAGUGGGGGGCGCUGUCUUGUGGAAGUGGUGUUUUCCCCAAAACGCAGAGUGCCCCCCUUCACAGAGGAGGGGAUGGUUGAAUGGUGCGGGACGUCCCGCUCGCUUUUCAUGCUGCGUGGGUGCUGCCAGGCGCUAGAGAUCAGCUUGGAUCAGGACUACAUUCCUUUCGGGGCUGUGAUCAUGAACAGCCAGGCUUCCCGCAGGAUUCUGAUGCAAAAUACAGGAGACAUCGGAGCCAGCUUUAAGUGGGAUGUGCAGAAAUUUGCCCCUGACUUCUCGAUCAGCCCAGUGGGAGGGUACAUUUCCCCUGGAAUGGAGGUGACCUUUGAUUUGAUCUUCAGCCCCCUCAACCUGAGCCAGGACAUCCGCUAUGAUAACCUGAGUUGCUUCAUCGAGGGAGGCAAGCCCCUCAAACUGACCCUGACGGGAUCCUGUGUGAUGGCACCUAUAACCAAGGAGGUGGUGAAUUUUGUGUGCCAGGUCCGCACCCGGCAGUCCCAGUCGAUCCUCCUGCAGAACAAAACAAACCAGCUGUGGAACCUGCGUCCAGUCAUAGAGGGGGAGCAAUGGAGCGGGCCGCCCUCUUUUGUUGUUGAGCCGCACCAACAGAACAAGCCCUACGAGAUCACAUACAGACCGCUCACCAUGACCCUCGAUGGGAAGAAGCAUCAGGGCUCAGUUUUCUUUGCCUUCCCCGAUGGUACAGGACUGCUCUAUUUGUUGCAAGGCUUUGCUGAACCGCCAAAGUCAUCUGGCAACAUCACCCGUGAGGUGCCCAGCAAGACAUCCUACUCUGAGCUCCUUCCCAUUAGCAACUGGCUCCCCAAACCACAGCGGUUCCGUGUUAUAGUAGAAUUGAUCAAGCCUGAUAAACUGGACUAUACAACUCUCCUAAAGGGCCUCGACUACAUUGAGGUCCCGGCUUUAACCAAGAGGGACUACAAGCUCAACUUCUUCUCAUACAAGGAGGGGCAGUUCAGUGCCAAGGUCACUUUCCGUAACGAGACAACCCAGGAGUACCUGUACUAUACUGUCAACUUCAAGGCCACACCCCCUGGUAUAAUUAGUACCAUUGAGAUGACAUCACCGGUGCGCCAGUGCACCUCAGCCGUUAUUAACGUGGACAACCCACUGCUUACACCAGUCACCUUUACUACCGACUGUAAACUCCAAGACAUCAACUUCCCAACACAUCUGACAGUCCCAGCCCAGUCAGAGGGCACUCUGAUGUUUGAGUUCCAGCCUCUGAAAUCGGGUGAAACCACGGGCCGGCUGACCCUGCAGCACCAUGACCUGGGCAUCUUCCAGUACGAGCUGGUCCUCAAGGCUCUGCCCGCCGGGCUGGAGAAGCCGCUGUACUUCCGCACCAUGCUGAGCAGCAGCCACGCAAUCAACACCAAGUUCAUCAACUUCUGUCGGGUAAAGACCGAGUACACCUGCAAGAUCGACAGUCCUGACUUCCACCUGGAAAAGACCAUUAGUGCUGCUCCAGGGUCCCAGGGGGGUACGGAGGUCAGUGUGGAGGUGAUCUUCGAGCCCAGCCAGCUUGGGGAAACCCGGGGAGUCCUGAGUAUCUCCUCUCCCGUCGGAGGAGAUUACACCAUCCCACUGUACGGAUCCUGCGGCCCCCCCAAAGCACAGGGCCCCUUCCCUAUCCGGACUGGCUCCACUGCCUCUAUCCCCUUCAAGAACAUCUUCCUUCAGACCACCGCCUUCUCCUUCCAGGUAGACAACCCAGCCUUCACGGUGAAGCCUCUGGAAACUGUCCGCUCCAAGAAGACCCACAGCGUGCUCGUCUCCUUCGAGGGCAACCCCACUGGCGCCAAGACACCUGUGAGUGGAAAAAUGACUGUAUCCUGCCCUCGCUCCGAGGGGACUGGCCAGAGCAUCAGCUGGGUGUAUUACUUAAAGGGAGUCACUGUUUAACAUGUCUUAUGGCACUAAUGUUGUAGUAUUGCACCUGAUAUUACUGCACCUCAGGUAAGGUAGUCCAAAUUGUUAAUUCAGUUUUUUUUAAAUUCAAACAGGACCUAAAUAUGAUAUUUAAGACAUAGUGUAAUCCAAAUUAAAUACAUAUAUUGCUGAGGACCAAAAAAGUGGACUAUAAGGGGGACCCAAUGUAUCAUAAUAGAUUGCAGGUUCAUGUUACUAUGGUUUUACAUACAAUUUCUGAAAUGGUUAGUUGUCUGUAACAUGUACGACCAUUUUGAUCUGAAUUCCAAUCUUAAUUUCUAAAUGCAGGACUGCACUGUGAACAGAUAUUUAGCUUCACAUUUUUAAACAUUUUGUGGCCCUUUGCUAAUGUCUAAAUACUGUAGGUACGACACAUGUUAUAUUUAUAUUUAUAUAUUUGUGUUGGUAAAGGUAUUUUUCACAUUGUAGUAUGUACAACCAGGGCAUGUUAAUGGUAUUGUUUCUUCUUUUUAGUUGCAUUUCACUGAAUUAAUAAAAAAAAAUAUAUAUUAAUUGCAGCACCCAAAGGAAUCUGUGUUCUCCUUUUUGACAGUGGCUUCCUUCCCAGUCCUUAGAAAACUCGAACCUACAUGGAACUAUAUUAAUCAUCAGCAGUAGUGGUCCCAUAAAACUCAUAAAUCGUCUCUAUCUCUACUAUUUCCAUUGCAUGUGGUGAUGUUAAUUAGGGGAUCAGUAGAUUACUCAUAAGCAGAGCUGCAGUAAUAUCAUAUUAAAGGGCACCAGUGUACAGAUCUGCUGCUGUUUACAUCAUUAAAAUGAUCUCCAUGAUUUGUCAUUGGCUGAGCUGAAGCUCCUAACUAACAGCAAUACGGUCUCUGGUGUCUGAUGCUGUUUGAGCUUCGGUAUCAAACAGCAUUAGCAGACUUUCAUGUCAUGCAAUUAAUGAUCUGUAUAAGGGCUUUUUUACUGUAUACAAUAUGUAUUCCAGCCGCCAGGUAUUGAAAGAUGGACCAUGAU